UCCAAAACAUGGCUACUUACGCCAAUGUUAUCUUUGUUUUCUUAACACUCACAUUAUCAAUCCUUUGCUUGUGUGGAUUAGCCCUAACUGAUGAGGCACACAAAGGUGGCUUCAGUCUACAACUCAUUCACAGAGACUCCCCACAAUCACCAUUUUAUGACCCCACCGAAACCCCAUUUCAGCAACUUCACAACGCUUUGCAACGCUCUUUUAAACGCGUGAACCAUUUCUACCCAAACAAAAAACGUCCCCAAAAGACACCACAGUCUGUGAUGUCACUCAGCCAUGGAGAAUACCUCAUGAAGUACUCCAUUGGAACGCCGCCGUUUGAAGUGAUGGGCAUUGCCGACACGGGGAGUGACCUUGUUUGGUUGCAAUGCAAGCCUUGCGAAAAGUGUUACAACCAAACCGAUCCACUGUUCGAUCCUUCCAAGUCUUCAACGUACCAACCCAUCUAUUGCCAUUCCAAGGUGCGUGAAUCACUAAGCCAAAACGGUGAAGCCUCGUGCCAUUCCGGUACUGAUCCCAAUUGCGAGUACAGUAUUGCAUACGGUGAUGGAUCAUAUUCAAAUGGAACUCUUGCAUUUGAAACACUCACUUUGAGCUCUACUACAGGUUCCUCCGUUGCGUUUCCCAAAAUACCAAUUGGUUGUGGUGUGAAUAAUGGUGGUAAAUUUGACCCUAAAGGUUCUGGUAUAGUUGGACUAGGAAAGGGUAGUAUUUCACUUAUCACCAAAAUAGGCCCUUCAAUUGAUUUCAAAUUCUCCUAUUGCUUGUUACCAAAUUUUGAAUCCAAAACCACAAGUAAAUUAAAUUUCGGAAAAAAUGCUGUGGUGGCUGGUCCGGGGACAGUUUCUACCCCAAUAAAACAUGAUCCAGUUGAUACUUUUUAUGUCCUUAAACUGGAGGGAAUAAGUGUUGGGUCCAAAAGAAUAGAGCUUGUAGAUGAUUCAACAUCCAAUGAUGAUAAUGGCAACAUAAUAAUCGACACAGGAACAACAUUAACCUUUUUGCCAGCAAAGUUUUACGCCAAAUUGGAGUCAGAAGUGGCUGCACAAAUCAAAUUAGAACGUGUUCAUAAUCCAGAACACAUUUUAACCCUUUGUUACAAGUCUCCACCAAAAAAAGUAAUUGUGGCUCCACCUAUUACAGCACAUUUUACUGGUGCGGACGUUGUGUUGAAUCCUUUAAACACUUUUGUUAGUGUUUCUCAUGACGUAAUAUGCUUUGCUUUUGCACCAGUAGAAACCAAUUCCAUCUUUGGAAACAUGGCGCAGAUGAACUAUUUGAUUGGAUAUGAUUUGGUGAAGAAGACUGUGUCCUUUAAGCCCAUUGAUUGCACCAAGAUGUAAUAUUGAAAUGUAUUC